UCGGAUAUAACUUCACUGAACCUGCCGCAAGAAACCACCCAAGCACACAGCCUUUGGUCGAUCCAUCGAGGAUCGAGCACUCCGGCAACAUGGGGACACAAAUUGGUGGCUGCGGGGGGCUCACCGACUGUCGUCGUCUCCGGCGACAACGUCCUCGCCUUCUUCCUCUUCUUCCUCUUCUCCUGCUGACCGCUGUCGCCGAUCACCAGCUCGCCGCCGCCAACAUCUUCGGCGGCGACACCAACACGGCCUCGCAGUGCAGCCGAACAUGCGAGUCCGAGCACUGCACGGCGGCGCCGCUGAUGCGGUACGGCAAGUACUGCGGCGUGUCGUACACGGGGUGCCCCGGCGAGGCCCCCUGCGACGCCCUCGACGCCUGCUGCAUGCUCCACGACGCCUGCGUCCAGGCCACCGACAACGACUACCUGAACAUGUGGUGCAACCAGAGCCUGCUGGACUGCGUGGCCACGGCGAGGCCGUCGACGGCGACGUUCGAGGGGAACCGGUGCAACGUGACGGAGGUCGCCGGUCGUGGAGGCCGCCGUGUUCAAUUCGCCAAGCGGAUCCUUCACAAGCCGUAGCAAGUAGUCGCGUCACGUGUACGUGCGUGCCGGUGGAGCCGGUGUGGCCCAGAAAAAAUGUUGGUGCGGGUGGGGGUCGUCAGUGUAGUCUACAUCUUAGCUUGACGCAGGGGUCAUCGUCUUCUUUCUUCUUUCUUCUUUCUUCUUAUUCUACCGCGUGUCCCCGUUCAAUUUGUACAGAUCAGAUAUGCGCUUGUCGCACGCAUCGUGAUUUUU